CCAAAUUACUUAUCAAGGCAUACAAAACCCCAGGAACGGCUCGAUUUUGUAUUUUCCGGCGGUCCUCGCGACGACACUCACGCAUAGUUCUCUCUAUACAGGCUCCCCAACCCCACCGCCACACCGCUAGGCAUCAUGGCAGGCUGGUUUGGGUCUUCAUCCAACAGCAUGCUCGAUGAGCAGAUCGAGCGCGCUACGUCUUCGAGCUUGGAGGACAUGCCCCUCAACCUCGAGAUAUCCGACGUCAUUCGCUCCAAAACAGUGCAGCCUAAGGAGGCUAUGCGCGCAUUGAAGAAAAGGAUAGGAAACAAGAACCCAAACGUACAGCUAGGCGCAUUGAAUCUUACGGAUACCUGUGUUAAGAAUGGUGGCGCGCAUUUCAUCACCGAGAUUGCUUCACGCGAAUUCAUGGACAAUUUGACCUCAUUACUGAAGGCUCCCGCGGGCGUCGCACCGAACGAGGAUGUUAAGAACAAAAUGCUGGAGCUGAUUCAAUCUUGGGCCAGUGCUGCUGAAGGCCGCAGCAACCUCGUUUACAUCAAUGAGGUCUAUCGUACUCUGGAACGCGAGGGAUUUAGGUUCCCACCAAAGGUCGAUAUUGCCAGCAGUAUGCUUGAUAGCAGUGCUCCUCCCGAAUGGACCGACUCGGACGUUUGUAUGCGAUGCCGAACCCCCUUCACGUUUACGAACCGGAAACACCAUUGCAGAAACUGCGGAAACGUCUUCUGCGGCUCUUGUUCAAGCAAGGCCAUCCCCCUCCCGCACCUAGGAAUAAUGGAGCCUGUCCGUGUAGACGAUGGAUGCCAUGCUAAACUGACCGACAAGUCUCGUGCGACUCCUGUCCCAAGAGGAUUUGAUGCAGCAAAGCCGGCUAAGACAUUAUAUCAAGGCUCCAUGGAACCGAGGAACGCUCGUGUGGAGGAUAGUUUUGACGCUGAUCUGAAGCGAGCAUUGGAAAUGAGUUUAGAGGAUGCAAAGGGUCACAGCGGGGGUGGUUUUGUUCCACAGGCCCAACUACAGCAGACCAAACCAACCACAUCCCAUGUAUCGAAAGCAGAGCCAGAAGAGGAGGAUGACCCGGAUCUGAAAGCAGCCAUUGCGGCCUCGCUGGCUGAUAUGGAAGAACAGAAGAAGAAGCAUGCGGCCGCCCUGCGUCAACAAAGCUCGACCUCGAACGGUGCCCCAAUUGUUGCACCGAAAAAUGACUACGAGUUGACACCCGUGGAGGCAGAGAACAUCAACCUUUUCUCAACGUUAGUGGAUCGACUACAACAUCAACCACCUGGAACAAUUUUGCGCGAGCCCCAAAUUCAAGAACUGUAUGAAAGCAUUGGCAAACUGCGGCCAAAGCUGGCCCGUACAUAUGGCGAGACAAUGAGCAAGCACGACACACUUCUUGAUCUGCACGCUAAACUCUCGACGGUCGUACGUUACUAUGACCGUAUGCUCGAAGAGAGGUUAUCAAGUACCUACAGCCAGACAUCAGCUGCCUACGGUCUCCCACAGAGUGCCCAACGUCCCGCACCUUCACUGUAUCCAAGCAUUGGAUCUGGACAAGCGGAAGGCCCUGGUGGAGAAGGCUACUACACCGGCAACACAGCUCCAACGAGCUACGACCGACCUCAAUCAUACUACGGAUACCAAUCUACACCACAUCAGACACCAGCCCCACAGGCCCAGUACGACAGAGGAGGUUCAGUCCCGCCCCAGUUCAACGCUCCCACAUACGAACAAUACCAACAGCCCUCACAACCCUACCCAACCCUAUCCUCAUACCCAUCCGGACCAGCCCAACAACAACAACGACCACCCAGCACACCCGCAUACCAGCAACGACCCUCCGCCCCAGACGCCUCACCGCGACUCCAACGCCAAGUAUCAAACCAACAACAAUACCCACCACAAUCCCAACCCUCCUACCCACCCCAAGCACCCCCAUCCACAGUCUCCGACGCCGAAAGCUCGAAUUACUACUACGGCGACGCGUCCGCCCCCCCGCAACCCACCGUCCAACGCAGCCAGAGCUUCGCCUCCCCCCAACAACAACCACAACAACAACCAUCAGCACCCCCUCAACAACCCUCCUCCCCCGAACUCUACAACCGCGCUCCCCAGCAGCAGCAGCAGCAGCAGCAGCAGCAGCAGCAGCAACAGCAACAACAAGCGCCCACCUCCCCGCCACCCCCCCAACCCGCCUCAACCGCACAGCCAUACCCUCCCCAACAACAACAACAAUCAUACCAACAAACCCCCUCCUGGCAACCGCAACAACAGCAGCAACCAGCACAAGCCCCAUGGCAGCCAGCACCUUACGCAACCGGCGGCUACGGCCCCGAAAGCUUCCCCGCCGCCCCGCAGAACCAGAUGCCCGCCAUCGCCCAGCAAAAGGUCGUCGACGAGCCGCUUAUUGAUUUGUGAACGCUUUCCAUUUCCUUAGGUUUUUCAUAGUCUUGGUCAUCGGAUACAAGGCGGCGGCGGCGUGUGCUCUUGUUUUCGGCAUCUUUCGCGAAAGAGUGGUUGUGCGCGUUGUGAUGGUGUGGGAAGGGCACGAGGGGGUAUAGUAGGGUGGAAUUGUGUCAUGUAGUGUAGUUCAGUUUACCUCAUAGGACGACAGACGUGGGAGUAUGAAGGAGUAAAUGAGAAUCAGAAUACUUAAUUGAAAUUUCC